GUUUUAAUUCGUUAAUGGACUGUUUCGGUGAGAGGGACGCGUGGUCCUGUACGAGGGAAAUGGCGGGAAAGUUGCUUGACAGCUGGGAUAAAGAUGUAGACAAGCAGAGGAGGCUAUGGGCAGAUGCUGCGGACGCUGAAGUGAGAUCAUCAGGCAGAUCAUUUGAAGAAAUGCCUUCGAAACUUGGAGAAGAGAUUGAACUGUCUCUGGCGGGGAUCACUGACUUCGUCCAAAGGGGCAUGGCGAGAGCUUUAUCUAGAAAGAAGCACGAUGAUGGAGGAGGUACAGACAGCAUAACAAUCUCAACAUCAGGUAAUGAUGAGAAGAAAAUCAAGAAGAAGAAACAGAAACCAUCGAAGAUACAACUAAUCCAACCAGUCAUGACGCCCAUGAAGAAGAUGGAGGAGAAAGAACAAAGAGGCAAGAAGAAGAAGAAGAAGAAGGCUAUUCUGAAACUGUUGAUAUUGGGAGCUGUGCUUAAAGCGAAGAUCGGAACGUUAUUACAGAUUCUAUCAUUCAAAUUACAGGUGAAAUUCUUUAUAAUCGCGCUGAUCGGCUUGGCAAUCAACUUGGCGAGGUUCUGGGUGGAGUUGAAAAAUAAGCACCAACAACCACAGAAGGUGAUAUACUACGAACAUGCUCAGCAUCAACACCAUUACGAGCACGAGGAGGAACCGGGCUGGGGACCAUGGUCCAGGAGUAUGGAGCCUGAGGAAGCUGAAUCGGAGUUAGGUGAAAAUAUAAACAAUUCGCCGUACAGAGCGCACGAGAAGGCGGUCCCGGUGUAUCCGUCCCGGCCGCUCCUAACCCUCUCCUAA